AUCCAGUGAAUUUUCAACCGCUACGACGUAAACUUUUUUAUAUAAUCAAAUUUUUGAAAAUAUUGUGAAAAUUUUUUUUUCCCGAUAUAAUGAAUUUUUUUUAUGAAGAGAUUCUUCGAUUCCACUUCUGAUGGAUUUAGGAUUCGAUUUGACUUUGGAAAAUCCCAAAGAAAAAGCCGGUGUGUUCGCGAAAUUAUUUUUCGGAUGGGUGGUACCACUGAUAAAAAAAGGCGUGAAACAAGGUUUACAAAUAGAAGAUUUAUACAAAUCGUUGAAAAAAGACAAAUCUCAAAAUUUAACCGACGCCCUCCAAGUUUAUUGGGAGGAUGAAGUUCGCAAAUCGCGAGAAAAAAAAACUAAACCGAAUCUGAUGAAAGCCCUUUUCAAACAAUUCUACAAAGAAGCUUUUAUCUACGGGUUCAUGUGGUUCUACACGAACGUUAUCAUCGUAUGUUUGAGACCGAUAAUUCUAGCGGAAUUGAUCAAAUUAUUCGCCGAUAAAAACGUGGCGGAUAAUUACGAAAUAUACGUAUACAGCGUGGCUCUAAUAAUCGUUUCGUUUCUUUCGACUAUCACGCUUCAUCACGUGAUUUUCGCCAUGCAGGCGAUCGGGAUGAGGGUGCGGAUCGCUACGUCUUCGUUGGUUUACAGAAAAGUUACUAGAUUGAGUCAAAGGUCUUUGGGCGAAACACCCGCAGGAAAAGUUGUCAAUAUACUUUCGAACGAUUUGAGCCGGUUCGAUCUGGUUUUUCCAGUGAUUCACGCUCUAUGGGUGAUGCCUUUCCAAGUUUUGGUGAUAUUUUUGAUAAUUUGGCAACAAGUAGGACUAGCGGCGGUAGCUGGGGUGGCUACCAUGGUGGUAGUUACAGUUCCUAUACAAGGAUUUUUGACAAAAUACGUCGCCAAUUUACGCGACAGCGUCUCCAAAAAAACCGAUCGAAGAGUGAAAAUCAUGAGCGAAAUAGUAUCCGGCAUGCAAGUGAUCAAAAUGUACGCCUGGGAAAAACCAUUCGAAAAAUUAGUAAAAACAACUCGAUCCAAGGAAAUGAAAGACGUCAAUUCGGCUUCGAUCCUCAGAGGAAUUUACUCCAGCUCCACCGUUUUCUCAGACAAACUAUCAGUAUUCGCAACUCUCCUAACUUACGUAUUACUCGGUAAUAUCAUUUCCGCGGAUAAAGUUUUUUCCAUAGCUCAAUCCUUCGGUAUACUCCAACUAGCUAUGGCGGUGGUUUAUCCCCUGGCCAUAAGCACCGGAGCCGAAGCUUUGGUCUCCGUUAAGAGACUCGAAGAUUUUCUAGCGCUCGAAGAAAAAGAAGAAGAAGACAUCGUGCGCGCACCAAGAAACACCGGAAUAACCGUUUCUUACGCGGACGCUUCCUGGACGGACACGGGAUGCACUUUGGAGGACAUCAAUCUGCGUAUUCCUCCCGGCACACUGUGCGCUGUAGUAGGUCCGGUGGGGGCGGGGAAAAGUUCGUUAUUACAAUUGUUAAUAGGGGAAUUGGCAGCUCUAUCCGGCGGUAUCGAGAUCGGGGGGGAAAUAUCUUACAGCGCGCAACAGCCGUGGCUUUUCCAAUCGUCCGUGAGGAACAACAUCCUGUUCGGUAGCCAUUUCGAUAAGAAUUUGUAUAAGAGGGUGGUUGAGGCGUGCGCCUUGAGGAAUGACUUCGACCAGCUGCCUCACGGCGACAGAACCAUCGUGGGCGAAAAAGGGGUGUCUUUGAGCGGAGGACAAAGGGCUCGGAUCAAUCUAGCCAGAGCUGUGUAUAGGAAAGCGGAUAUUUAUCUGCUGGACGAUCCUCUGUCUGCGGUUGAUACCCACGUCGGGAAACAUCUGUUCGAUGAGUGCGUCUGUGAGUUUUUGAAAGGAAAAACGAGGAUCCUGGUGACGCAUCAAUUGCAGUACUUGAAAAAAGCGGAUAUGAUUAUAGUCCUUAAUGAGGGUGUAGUUGAAGCGCAAGGUACUUUCGAUGAAUUAUCCGAAUGUAAUUUGGAUUUUACGAAAAUGGUAAUAGCCGCCGACGAAACCGACGAAAGCACCGAAGAUACCAAUCCUCCAAGCUCGGAAGCAGCCGAAACUUUUUUUCCAAUACCAGAAGAAGAAGUUAGAAGAUUUUCCAUGAGUUCUAGUACGAAAAUGUCUCUUUUAUCAAUAUCUGACAGUGAAGAAUCUGAAACAACCGAUAAAAUAACCGAGGAGAAAUCGGGCGAUGGGCCUAACAGUAAACCGUUCAAAAAUUAUUUAAAAUCCGUUAAAAAUAAUACUUUAGUUGUUUUUGUUAUAAUUUUAUUAUUAUCUUCGCAAGCGUUGAUAAUUGGAGUCGACCAAUGGCUCACACUUUGGACUUCGGAGGAACAAAUCCGUCAUUCCAACUGUACCGUAUUCAUACAUCCAAACACGCAUCCCAAUAUUACGAAUGUCACAAUCGAUUUUAUUGAAAACAACCAUUUUGAUGGUACUUCCCUUAUAAAUCAUGGUACUUUCCAUAAAAAUAACUACCCUACCCAUAGAAAUAUCAAUAAUAGCCAUUAUUACUAUUAUAGAAAUAAUGGUAAUAACGAAAAUGAUGAAAAUACACCAGAUAAAAAAGAAGAAACUACUAACAAUGAUAAUAACAUUAUAAAUAACACUAAUAACGAUGAGAAUGAAGUGGAAAAACAUAAUGACGAUUUUCCUUAUAACGAAAACGAUUUAAAUGAUGAACAUAAGUACUUCGAUGGUAGUACCGUGAACAAAAAAAAUUUCUUCGAUAAUUCUAACGAUGAUAUUAAAGAUAAUGAAAGUUUUAUUAAUAAAAAUGAUGAUAGUACCAUCUAUUAUAAUAAUUUGAGCAAUGAUCGUGAUAAUAGUACCAGAAACAGACGUAAUUCGUUUGAUAUUGGAAGUGAACUUGGUUUUGACAGUAUCAAUGGUGGUACCGAAAGUUGGAACAAUUAUUUGAAAGGAUUUGAUAACGAUAUUGAUGAUAAAUAUGAUUUUAUCAAAAAAGAAGACGAAAAUGAUAAAAACUUGGAAGAUUUUAACAAAAAUCGUGAAAAUGGUACCAGAAAUGACGAGGGUUCAUCUCGUAUCGAUGGUGGUACUACCAACAACCCGCGAAUCAAUUAUUUUGAUAACGUUAACAAAAAUUUGGAUAAAGAAAAUGAAAGUACCAAAGAUUAUGAAGAUUUUUUCAAAAAUUAUGUCGAUAGUACCAGCACAGAACCUAAUUUCCACAACAUUAAUAAUGGUAGUACCAAAAGCGUGAACAAUGUGAAGAAAAAUAUUGACGAUAUUGAUAAUAAAUAUGAUUUAAUCAAAAAAGAAGACGAAAGUAUUAAAAAAUCAGAAGAUUUUAACAAAAAUCAUGAGAAUGGUACCAGAAACGACAAGGGUUCAUCUAGUAUCAAUAGUGGUACUACCAAUAACCCGCGAAUCAAUUAUUUUGAUAACGAUAACAAAAAUUUUAAUAAAGAAAAUGAAAGUACCAAAGAUAAUGUAGAUUUUUCAAAAAAUUACGUCGAUAGUACCAGCACAGAACCUAAUUUCUACAACAUUAAUAAUGGUAGUACCAGAAGCGUGAACAAUGUCAAGAAACAUAUUGACGAUAUUGAUAAUAAAUAUGAUUUUAUCAAAAAAGAAGACGAAAGUAUUGAAAAAUUAGAAGAUUUUAACAAAAAUCAUGAGAAUGGUACCAGAAACGACAAGGGUUCUUCUAGUAUCAAUAGUGGUACUACCAACAACCCGCGAAUCAAUUAUUUUGAUAACGAUAACAAAAAUUUUAAUAAAGAAAAUGAAAGUACCAAAGAUUAUGAAGAUUUUUUCAAAAAUUAUGUCGAUAGUACCAGCACAGAACCUAAUUUCUACAAUUUCAAUAAUGGUAGUACCAAAGACGUAAGCAAUUGGAAGAAGAAUAUUGACGAUAUUGAUAAUAAGUAUAAUUUUAUCAAAAAAGAAGACGAAAGUAUUAAAAAAUUAGAAGAUAUUGAUAAAAUUCAUGAGAAUGGUACCAGAAACGACGAGGGGUCAUCUAGUAUCAAUGGUGGUACUACCAACAACCCGCGAAUCAAUUAUUUUGAUAACGUUAACAAAAAAUUUAAUAAAGAAAAUGAAAGAACCAAAGAUUAUGAAGAUUUUUUCAAAAAUUAUGUCGAUAGUACCAGCACAGAACCUAAUUUCCACAACAUUAAUAAUGGUAGUACCAAAAGCGUGAACAAUGUGAAGAAAAAUAUUGACGAUAUUGAUAAUAAAUAUGAUUUUAUCAAAAAAGAAGACGAAAGUAUUAAAAAAUUAGAAGAUUUUAAUAAAAUUCAUGAGAAUGGUACCAGAAACGACAAGGGUUCAUCUAGUAUCAAUAGUGGUACUACCAAUAACCCGCGAAUCAAUUAUUUUGAUAACGUUAACAAAAAUUUGGAUAAAGAAAAUGAAAGUACCAAAGAUUAUGAAGAUUUUUUCAAAAAUUAUGUCAAUAGUACCAGCACAGAACCUAAUUUCCACAACAUUAAUAAUGGUAGUACCAAAAGCCUGAACAAUGUGAAGAAAAAUAUUGACGAUAUUGAUAAUAAAUAUGAUUUUAUCAAAAAAGAAGACGAAAGUAUUAAAAAAUUAGAAGAUAUAGAUAAAAUUCAUGAGAAUGGUACCAGAAACGACGAGGGGUCAUCUAGUAUCAAUAGUGGUACUACCAACAACCCGCGAAUCAAUUAUUUUGAUAACGUUAACAAAAAUUUGGAUAAAGAAAAUGAAAGAACCAAAGAUUAUGAAGAUUUUUUCAAAAAUUAUGUCAAUAGUACCAGCACAGAACCUAAUUUCCACAACAUUAAUAAUGGUAGUACCAAAAGCGUGAACAAUGUGAAGAAAAAUAUUGACGAUAUUGAUAAUAAAUAUGAUUUUAUCAAAAAAGAAGACGAAAGUAUUAAAAAAUCAGAAGAUUUUAACAAAAAUCAUGAGAAUGGUACCAGAAACGACAAGGGUUCAUCUAGUAUCAAUAGUGGUACUACCAAUAACCCGCGAAUCAAUUAUUUUGAUAACGAUAACAAAAAUUUUAAUAAAGAAAAUGAAAGUACCAAAGAUAAUGUAGAUUUUUCAAAAAAUUACGUCGAUAGUACCAGCACAGAACCUAAUUUCUACAACAUUAAUAAUGGUAGUACCAGAAGCGUGAACAAUGUCAAGAAACAUAUUGACGAUAUUGAUAAUAAAUAUGAUUUUAUCAAAAAAGAAGACGAAAGUAUUGAAAAAUUAGAAGAUUUUAACAAAAAUCAUGAGAAUGGUACCAGAAACGACGAGGGUUCUUCUAGUAUCAAUAGUGGUACUACCAACAACCCGCGAAUCAAUUAUUUUGAUAACGAUAACAAAAAUUUUAAUAAAGAAAAUGAAAGUACCAAAGAUUAUGAAGAUUUUUUCAAAAAUUAUGUCGAUAGUACCAGCACAGAACCUAAUUUCCACAACAUUAAUAAUGGUAGUACCAAAAGCGUGAACAAUGUGAAGAAAAAUAUUGACGAUAUUGAUAAUAAAUAUGAUUUUAUCAAAAAAGAAGACGAAAGUAUUAAAAAAUUAGAAGAUUUUAAUAAAAUUCAUGAGAAUGGUACCAGAAACGACAAGGGUUCAUCUAGUAUCAAUAGUGGUACUACCAAUAACCCGCGAAUCAAUUAUUUUGAUAACGUUAACAAAAAUUUGGAUAAAGAAAAUGAAAGUACCAAAGAUUAUGAAGAUUUUUUCAAAAAUUAUGUCAAUAGUACCAGCACAGAACCUAAUUUCCACAACAUUAAUAAUGGUAGUACCAAAAGCCUGAACAAUGUGAAGAAAAAUAUUGACGAUAUUGAUAAUAAAUAUGAUUUUAUCAAAAAAGAAGACGAAAGUAUUAAAAAAUUAGAAGAUAUAGAUAAAAUUCAUGAGAAUGGUACCAGAAACGACGAGGGGUCAUCUAGUAUCAAUAGUGGUACUACCAACAACCCGCGAAUCAAUUAUUUUGAUAACGUUAACAAAAAUUUGGAUAAAGAAAAUGAAAGAACCAAAGAUUAUGAAGAUUUUUUCAAAAAUUAUGUCAAUAGUACCAGCACAGAACCUAAUUUCCACAACAUUAAUAAUGGUAGUACCAAAAGCCUGAACAAUGUGAAGAAAAAUAUUGACGAUAUUGAUAAUAAAUAUGAUUUUAUCAAAAAAGAAGACGAAAGUAUUAAAAAAUCAGAAGAUUUUAACAAAAAUCAUGAGAAUGGUACCAGAAACGACAAGGGUUCAUCUAGUAUCAAUAGUGGUACUACCAAUAACCCGCGAAUCAAUUAUUUUGAUAACGUUAACAAAAAUUUGGAUAAAGAAAAUGAAAGUACCAAAGAUUAUGAAGAUUUUUUCAAAAAUUAUGUCGAUAGUACCAGCACAGAACCUAAUUUCCACAACAUUAAUAAUGGUAGUACCAAAAGCCUGAACAAUGUGAAGAAAAAUAUUGACGAUAUUGAUAAUAAAUAUGAUUUUAUCAAAAAAGAAGACGAAAGUAUUAAAAAAUUAGAAGAUAUAGAUAAAAUUCAUGAGAAUGGUACCAGAAACGACGAGGGGUCAUCUAGUAUCAAUAGUGGUACUACCAACAACCCGCGAAUCAAUUAUUUUGAUAACGUUAACAAAAAUUUGGAUAAAGAAAAUGAAAGAACCAAAGAUUAUGAAGAUUUUUUCAAAAAUUAUGUCAAUAGUACCAGCACAGAACCUAAUUUCCACAACAUUAAUAAUGGUAGUACCAAAAGCCUGAACAAUGUGAAGAAAAAUAUUGACGAUAUUGAUAAUAAAUAUGAUUUUAUCAAAAAAGAAGACGAAAGUAUUAAAAAAUUAGAAGAUAUAGAUAAAAUUCAUGAGAAUGGUACCAGAAACGACGAGGGGUCAUCUAGUAUCAAUAGUGGUACUACCAAUAACCCGCGAAUCAAUUAUUUUGAUAACGGUAACAAAAAUUUUAAUAAAGAAAAUGAAAGUACCAAAGAUAAUAUGAAUUUUUUCAAAAAUUAUAUCGAUAGUACCAGCACCGAACCUAAUUUCUACAUCAUUAAUAAUGGUAGUACCAAAAUCGAAAAUAAUUGGGAGAAAUCUAAUAACGAUUUUAAUAAUAAAUAUAAUUUUACCAAAAAAGAAGACGAAAGUUUUAAAAACAUUGAAGAUUUCACUAAAAAUCAUAAGAAUGGUGCCAAUAGUGAAGAUAGUUCUUAUAGCAUCAACAUUAGUAGUACCAAAAACCCCAAAAACAAUCAUUUUAAUACCUUCAACAACAAUUUUACCAAAGAAAAUGAAAGUACAAAAAACGAUAAGAAAUUUUUCAAAAAUAAUGGAUAUACAGGUAGUACCAGAUCUGAACCUAGUUUCUACAACAUUAAUAAUAGUAGUACCAUAAACAAGAACAAUUAUUAUAGUAACAAAAACGAAAAUACCAAAUACAGUGAAGAUUUCUUCAAAAAUCACAAGAAUGGUACCAGUACCAGUUUCCACAUUAUAAAUAAUGGUAGUACCAAAAACGACAACAAUCAUUAUGACAACAAAGACGAAAAAAAUAUUAAAUACAGUGACGACUUUCCCAAAAAUAAAGUCAAUGGAAGUAGAAAUGAAAAUAAUGAUGAUGGUACUACCAAAAACGAGAAUAAUUAUUAUAAUAACAAAGAAAACGAAGAUACCAAACACAAUGAUGAUUUCAUCAAAGAUCAUAUGAAUAGUACCAACAGUGAAUCUAGUUACCACCAUAAAAAUGGUAGUACCUUGAACAAUAGUCUUCAUUUUAACAACAAAGAAGUCGGUGGUACCAAAUACCGUGAAGAUUUGUUUAAAAAUGACUACAACAGUACUAUCAACAACAAAUUUAAUAACAAAGCAAAUGAAGGUACCAAAUACCUCAAAAAUCAUAUGAAUAGUACCAGUACUGAACCAAGUUACUCCAAAAAUGGAAACAACUCUAAUAAGCCUAUCAUCGACAUGUUUGAUAACCAAAAAUCCACCAAUAACAGUUUUUCGAAUCUUCUCAAUAGUACCGAUAAUAGUACAGAAAAUAUCAUUAAAAAAAUCAUGAAAAAACUAAAUAUUCGUAAUAUUUUAUCCUUCAUUACAUUAAAUUUCAACAACAUGUACGACUAUGUCAUAAUAGACGGUUCUAUACAGAGGCUGAUCAAAACUGAUUCGGCUCUAUACAUUUACGGUACUUUAAUAAUUCUAGUGGUACUGUUAGUAUUAAGUAGAACAUUUUUAUAUUAUAUGUCGUGUACUAUGGCUUCGGAAAAUUUGCAUUCGACCAUGUUCAAUAAAUUAUUGAAAGCUCCGAUGAGAUUUUUCGACACCAACCCGAGCGGAAGGAUUUUGAACAGAUUUUCGAAAGAUAUUGGGUGCAUAGACGAAAUUUUACCGAGGGUACUACUGGAUUCGGUUUCGAUUUUCCUUGUUAUGGCGGGAAUAUUGAUAAAUAUCGUUAUAGCAAAUCCAAUUAUGAUAAUAAUUCUCAUUAUACUUGGAAGUUUAUAUUUAAAAUUCAGAACAUGGUAUAUGGCGACUGCCAAAACUCUUAAGCAUUUAGAAGGAAUCGCGAAAUCCCCUGUAUUUUCCCAUGUGAGUUCUACUAUUUGCGGAAUAGUUACUAUAAGAUCGUCCCAUUCAGAAGAAAUUUUGAUAAAUGAAUUCGAUCGACAUCAGGAUGUCCAUACUUCGGCGUGGUAUUUAACGUUGGCAUGUAUGAACGCGUUUGGUUUAUGGCUCGACUUGAUUGUACUAAUUUUUUUGGCUAUAGUUACCUUUAGCUUCGUAAUUACAGCAUCUUUCACAAAUGUUAAUGGUAGCAUGGCAGGUUUGGCAAUAUCGCAAUGUAUGGUACUAACCGGUAUGUUACAAUAUGGAAUGAAACAACUGGCAGAAGUUAUAAAUAAUUUAACAAGCGUAGAAAGGGUUCUGCAAUAUACCACUCUAGAUAACGAAGGGCCGUUCGAUACACCAAAAGAGAAAAAACCAAAAGGUACUUGGCCUAGAAGGGGAAAUAUAGAAUUCAAUAACCUCUAUUUGAAAUAUGUCGAGAACGAACCACCGGUUUUGAAAAAUUUGAAUAUGAUAUUCAAACCUGGAGAAAAGAUUGGUAUAGUAGGACGAACCGGAGCCGGAAAAUCUUCUCUAAUUUCCGCUCUAUUCCGAUUAGCUCCAUUGGAAGGUUCUAUCCUGAUAGAUAGAGUCGAAAUACAAAAUUUAGGUCUGACGGAUUUGCGGAAGAAGAUUUCCAUAAUUCCCCAAGAACCGGUUUUGUUUUCCGAAACUCUACGAUACAAUUUGGAUCCUUUCGGCGAAUUCGACGACGACAAGAUCUGGGACGCGCUGGAAUUGGUCGAGUUGAAAGAAAGCGUGGAUUCUUUGGAUUUCAUGGUAGCGGAAGGCGGCGCCAAUUUCAGUCUUGGCCAAAGGCAAUUGAUCUGUUUGGCGAGAGCUAUUUUGAAAGACAAUAAAAUCUUGAUACUGGACGAAGCUACAGCCAACGUAGAUCAAAGAACCGAUUCUUUGAUCCAAGCGACGAUACGCAAAGCGUUCAAAGACUGCACGGUACUGACCAUAGCGCACAGAUUGAACACCAUCAUGGAUUCCGAUAAAGUUUUGGUGAUGAGUUUCGGUAACAUGGUGGAAUUCGAUCAUCCCCAUAAACUUCUACAAAUCGAAGACGGUUAUUUCCAUAAAUUGGUGAUGGAAACGAGUCCAACUAUGGCGCAAGAACUCAAAAAUACUGCUCAGAAGGCUUACCAAAAAUAUAUCACAGAUAACGAUUGAUUUACUAUUUUAAUAAAUUAGAU